ACCAACACCGAGGUGUCCACAUUCACGCCUACAAACGCAGCAAAUAGCUUAUUUUACUAGCGAAACUUUGUCUCAUCGUGAAAGGCGACGCCGGACGCAUUAGGAAGAGGGCAAUUGGCCAAUUCGCAUAUUUAAAUCGCAUGCCCGUCCCCAUCUCUUUUUGCCAUUGACCGACCAUUCUGUAUAUCACUUCAAGACCUCUCCAAAACAACACCACAAAAGAUAUCCAAUAUCACCAUUGAUCGACAUUCACUCCAAGUCAACAUGUCUGUCUCAAUAGUCCCCCAGCCCUACGUCUUCUUCUUUAAGUGGCUGGACCCUCUCACAGCUCUUUAUGGUGUCUACCUCAACUUUGCUGCUCCUCAGAUGGCUGUACAGUCCAUGGCGCCCAACUCAAUCUACGAUCCCAACCAAGUCUUUCUCUUCCACCAGUCCGGUGGCCUGGCCCUCGCCAUUGCCAUCCUGACAGCGGCCAUCCCGCGCUACUCGUCAGAUCUGAGCGUUUGGCGAAUUCUCCAAUUUGCGCUCUUACUGUCCGACUUUGCUGGCCUCAGCGGUAUCUACCAUGCGCUUGAGCGCCAAGGCAGACUGCACCCUUCUACAUGGACAUCUGAUGACCAGGGAUGCGGCGGAACGUAUGUUGUUUUGACAAUUGUGCGGCUGUUGUUUGUCCUUGGUGUCGGGUUCAAGACUCGUUCAACAACAAAGAAGAAUGCAUAAAGCGCGGAAAAGCUUUCUCGACACACGUUGGGUUGGAUUUUUGGUCAUGACAUAGAUAGACACACAGCAGGGCGUUUCGGGCUUUCCAAUUUUUAAUGUAUCAAUUUACCUUUAGUUAAAGCGUAUAAUGUAUUCUACUGUAAAAAGAUUGUAUCCGUGAGACCGAAGAUACAGAUGGUUGCUUUGAACUGCCGAGAUAGACAACUGAACGACCUUGGGUGCGUGCCGAGCUCUAGCAACGUCAUCGAACAAACAGCAAACAGCUUGACAAGCGAUGGCGCAGCAAUUGGCCAAAUUUGUCCAACGACGGGUCCACAGUAUAUAGGCUUAGAUCCUUACCAUCCCUAGGUGAG